CAUGCUUUAAUAGAGAAAGUAUGCAAUGCAUACUGCUCUGCUGCAACCCCCCACUAUACUGCAUCUGGGGUAUUCGUGACUGGACGUCUGGGGGGGAUCACACACAUUUCCGAUUAGGAGGGAGAGAAAGAGAGAGAGAGAGAGAGCAAGAGCAAGAGAGGGAGGGAGGGAGUGAGAGUGAGAGAGAGAGAGAGAGAGAGAGGGAGGGAGAUUACCAUUUCACUCCAGCCAAUGAGACAGGCGAAACAGUAAGAUUUUCAUAGUUGUGCAGGAGCACAAAGUGUGCCGAGUGUGUGUGAACUUCCAGGUAAAGCUGCAAACCGACCUAAGCCUCAAGGCCGCUGCUCCAAGCUUUGAUGCCCACACUCUCUAAAGCAGGUGGACAGACGCAGGCAUGAGCGACAGUGGGACCAAAGAGCCAUCUCCUCAGUCGAGCACAGCCCAGUUGCCUGAGGAGCCCCAGCGCAGGGGCAGGGGUCGACCUCGGAAACAGCAGCAGGAGCCUGUUGGACCACCGACCCCAAAGAGACCUAGAGGACGACCAAAAGGCAGCAAGAGCAAAGGCCCCAGAACCACACUGAAGAAAGUAGAGCCUGUUGGGCAGAGGCGACCACGAGGGCGACCGAGAAAAUGGCCCCGGAAAGUCGGUCCAGAAGUGACUGAAGAGCAGCAGGGCCCUUCGGAGGAGGCCGAGGAGGGCCCCUCGUCAUCUCAGGUGCCUGCGCAGGAGGAAUCGGAGUAGAUGGGAUACCUCUCUACCUACCUCAGUGUUUGGCCCUCAAGCAAACAGGGGUACAAUCUGACUCCCUAUCUGUGAUGGGAAAUCAGGAACACACACACUUACACACACUCACACUCAGAAAAGAAAACCCUCGCAGACAGCCGUUUCCUCUCCUGAUCUAAACAGCACCAUGGAUUUGUUGUUGCUUUGAGUAUUUGAUUGUUUGAAAAAGCCUUUUUCAAAAGGCAUGGUUCCAACUUUUGGGAAAAGCAUUUUAAGUGUCAAAGUGGCAGAAAAAAAAAAAAAAAAAAAACAUACUCGUAAGUGUCUUGGUAAGACGCGCGCCAUUGUAUCGCAACAUGACAGCAUGAAUGUGCCUUUUUAAACUAUAGCACAGGUUCUGUAACAUACAGCUCCCUCCACAGUUAUUGGGAAAAUAAAUUUAAAAGCAACAGUAUCCUCAAACUAAAAACAACAACCCUGCAAACCUCCCUUACAACCCUGCUCCCUGUGUGUGAUCACAAGAUACACCUGGGUUACCGUCCACUCGUGUUCGACACAAUUCCAGUGGUUUUAAACUUUUUAAAUGUUAAUUUAAGUGCCUAUUUUCAUACCAUCUCCAUUUGGGGUGAUCAACAUGCCUUAAAUGAUUGGCAUGUGCUCUUGUCUUUCCCAUUUUGAAAGGGUGGCUAAAGGGAUUACUAGUUAAACCUUUCUCAACACUCAACACGCUUAAAAAGUAAGGCAUACAUUAAAAAAAAAACUUAAGUUACAUUAUAGGACUUACAUUGGGUUAUUUUAUUAAAAAUAGUUAUCUUCUGCUAUUCAGUUCUUUUGCCACACUAAAUGUUCUCAGAUUUUAAAGUAGUAUUUUUCUACAUUUUACAUUUUGCCAAUGUCAGAUUUUGCUUCUCUGAAUUUAUUUCUUUACCAUUGGUGCCAACAAAUGUGGAGGGCGCUGUAUAUACGACUAGAGAUGCACCAAUCAAUCAAUCAAUCAAUCAAUCAAUCAGAGAUCAGAAUCACACAAUGUCUGUUUAAUCAGCUCCAACGGGUGGUCAGGAGGUCACAUCUCAAGUUAGAUUUUUUUUUUUUUUUUGGUUGUUUGUUUACUUUCCAUUGAAUGCAUCAGAGCUAAAAGCUCAUCAAUCAUCAAUUUGUACUUUAAUGGACCUUUUUGGAUUCUGAAAAAGAAUCCGAUAAAGGUUGGAGAAGCACAAUGCUUUAGUACAUGACAGCCUGACUUUCUGUUGGAUUCAAAACUGCUACCUCUUUUUUUUUAACUGCUGCAUAUUUCUUUUUCUUUUGUCUUCUUUCGUUAACAAAAUAAUAAUAUCUGGAAUUAGUGAAAAUUUAAAUCAGCUGAUCAGAUCUCAAGGGAAACAAAAAGAAAACCUUUAUCGGCCAGGAAAAGCCUGAUUUGUGCAUCUCUAAAUAUGAGUCCUUUAUACAAUGUCCUAUAUGCUGUAUAUACAAUAUGCGGUAAUUGGGGGUUAAACAUCCCAGCAGCUAAAUGCACCCUAAUCAAGUCACUAAUAGAUGUCUCUGUAGGGUUCUUUGCAAAUCUGCAUCUAGGUGCAUAAUAAAAAAAAAAAAAAAAUGUCAUUCGGUUAAUAAGAAACGGCUAAUUUUUCGAUCUAAUUUGAUCUUUCCCUUUUAAUAUCAGGACCUGAAAAAAAAUGUUUCUCCUUAAAGUGGAACUAUUCCUUUAUUAUGGCAGCUGUCCUGAGCCUCUCGGUGAGACUUUUUUUUUUUUUUUUUUUUUUUUUGCUUCAUGUGUGGGAACGCAUGUCUGUGUGUUUUGUGCUUGUAUGGAGAGAGAGGGAGACACAGAGAGAGGGGGGCAGAAUUAUGUGCUUAACUGAAAAAAAAGGACAAAAGUAACCAAACUGAACCGAGUUUUAGCUUGACAUUCUAACUUGACAUUUUUUUUUUAAAACCAAUGUAACAACAUAAACAUGGCGAGCUGCAUUCAUUCUUGUGAAAGCUGGCAUGAAUGGUUCGAUUUCAAAUUAAAAUAUCCAUUUUUUAGAGAGAAACAAGUGACUAUUUCUAAACUUCGACGCCACGCUUCAGUGGAAGUACACUGACUUAAUCCUUCCAAGCAGAAAGUGACUGAUUUAAGUAAAUACAAAGGUUGAAAUGGAUAUUUCAUUUUGAGACGAUUAAAAAACCAUUCAUAUAUACUUGAGUCAACCACAGUGUUGACAUGUCAUUUUUACCACUCUCAGGAUUUCACUUUUUUUAACAGUGCUCUUACGUCAUUUUUGAAAACCUCAGGUACAUAUCUAUUCAGGAACAUGAUAUCUACUCAGUAAGAGUUGUGGUGCUGUGUUUGUUGUGCGAUUCUGAUCUGUAUUUGACAUUAACAGUAUGCCUUGACUUAAAGACCUCAUGUAAAACCUCAGCCAGCCUCAGCCUUUUGAUCUCUCAUUCUACCUCAGCAACACAAAAAGACAGAAGAUCCUCCUGCAAAGUUAUCCUUCACUCCCUCAGAAGUGAUACUGUAUACGCAAAAACAGACACACACACACACACAGAUGCACACAUGCAUAUGUACCGGCGCAAAUAAACACAACGUUUCAGGGCUACAUGCCAACAAACCAUCAGACACACAAGUAACAAGAGGAUGUUACACUCCAGCAGAGAUGUACAGAUGACGCAUCAAUAUCAUUUCAUUUGAAAAAUAACUGUAUCUGACUUUUUUUUUUCUUUUUUCUUUUUUUACUGAAGUGAGACUCUGAUCUCCUGGGAAUUAAAGUUCAGCCAAUAGUUUACAACAUCUUGAUGAAAUACUUGCCUUUUUAGAGUGUAGUACCUUUAUGAAAACCUGUAUUUUUUUUUUUUUUUGGAAGGGGGCGGGGAUGUUAUUCUUUUUCUUAUUUUAACUACAUCAUGUAUGUUUUUUUCUCUGAUUCUUACACUGUAAAAUGUAUGUGUGACACUCUUUAAUUCAUGGCAGCAAAAUGGCGGCAACGUGCUGAAAUACAUUAGAUGAUGCUGACCUCAACGGCUGCUCGUACUUGACCCCUUUGUGCCACAAUAACAGAACACGAUUGUACUGAA